UGUCCCUGCCUCCUGGCAGCGAGGAGCCACCCAGCAGCCCGCCUGUGAUUGGGCGGCGGAGCGGGGGCUCUCGACGCAGCGCCGGGGCUUGACUGCUCCCGGGACGUGUUUCAACAGAUGGUCGAGGUUAGAGAGUGUCAUCACAUCGGAGAGGGGAUUAGAGGAGAGAGGUUGUUCUUCCAGGAGCUGUGUGGUCCCCUCUACGCUUCCAAAAGCGCCCCCCACCACCCCCGCCCCCCCCCCCCCCCGAGACACCAACAGACCCGCGAGCGAGCGAGGGGGAGACCCGGCGAAGAGGCGCGAGGAGAAAAGCUCCGGAGAGGAAACCCGGCGCCUCGCUCCCCACCUGGCACUCUGCUGCUUUUUCAGUCGACCACGGCUGCAGGCGCUGCACGGGUGUGAGUCGGUGGCCCGGCUGGACCUCUUCUCCCUCCCUUCAUCUCUCCAUUAAUCCUCCCCUCAGCCCGCCCGGUGUCUUGUUGUUUGGGGAGCCAUGCUGGUGCAGUGGCUGGCUUGGAUGGCCCUGCUCUCUCUGGACUGGGCUCCAGGCAGCUGGGCCUUCACCACCACCAGGGCUCAGGGCCUGAGGGGUCGCAUCCAGAGAGACCGCCGAAACAUCCGGCCCAACAUUAUCCUCAUCAUGACUGACGACCAGGAUGUUGAACUGGGUUCCCUGCAGGUAAUGAAUAAAACCCGUAAGCUCAUGGAAGAUGGCGGCACGGCUUUCACCAAUGCCUUUGUGUCAACACCGAUGUGCUGCCCGUCAAGGUCCUCCAUGUUGACGGGGAAGUACGUCCACAACCACAACACUUACACCAACAAUGAGAACUGCUCCUCCCCUUCCUGGCAAGCUCAGCACGAGCCGCGCUCAUUCGCCGUCUACCUCAACAACACGGGCUACAGGACAGGCUUCUUUGGCAAGUACCUCAAUGAGUACAAUGGCACCUACAUCCCCCCAGGGUGGCGCGAGUGGGUUGGAUUGAUCAAAAAUUCCCGCUUUUAUAAUUACACUGUCUGUCGGAAUGGUUACAAGGAGAAACAUGGUGCCGAAUAUGCCAAGGACUAUUUCACAGAUCUGAUCACCAACGACAGCACUAACUUUUUCCGCAUGUCAAAGCGCAUGUACCCUCACCGCCCUGUGAUGAUGGUCAUCAGUCACGCUGCUCCUCACGGCCCAGAAGACUCGGCUCCGCAGUACGCUGAGCACUUCCCCAACGCUUCGCAGCACAUCACCCCCAGCUACAACUAUGCCCCAAAUAUGGACAAACACUGGAUCAUGCAAUACACCGGCCCCAUGAAACCCAUCCACAUGGAAUUCACCAACUUCCUGCAUCGGAAGAGGCUGCAGACCCUCAUGUCUGUAGAUGACUCGGUUCAGAAGGUGUUCGAAAUGCUCGAGGAAACUGGAGAGCUGGACAACACUUACAUCAUCUAUACAGCAGACCACGGCUACCACAUUGGUCAGUUUGGAUUAAUCAAGGGCAAGUCAAUGCCGUAUGACUUUGACAUCCGCGUGCCCUUCUUUUUGAGAGGACCCAACAUCGAGGCAGGAGCAGUAAAUCCUCAUAUGGUGCUGAACAUUGACCUCGCUCCCACAAUCCUCCACAUUGCUGGGCUCGACACCCCUCCUGACAUGGAUGGAAAGUCCAUCCUGAAGCUUCUGGAACAGGAAAAGACUGGCAACAGAUUCAAACCCAACCGGAAACCCAAAGUCUGGAGGGACACAUUCCUGGUGGAGCGAGGAAAGAUCCUGAGGAAGAAGGAAGACUCAGUGAACACCCAGCAAACCAACAGCCUUCCCAAGUACAAGAAGGUCAAAGAGACCUGCCAGCAGGCCGAAUUCCAGACGCCCUGCGAACAGCCUGGACAGAGGUGGCAUUGUGUGGAGGAGAUCACGGGGAAAUGGAGGAUUCAGAAGUGCAAAGGUGGUUCCAAAGAAGGCUCCGGGAAGCGCGCCCGCAGCCUGAAGCCCCGCAGCAGUUAUGACAACAGAGAAGGGGGCUGUGAGUGCGGGGACGCACUCACCAGCCCCGCCAGGACGGGACGCCGUUCCCACCGCCCGCCGUCUGCCUCAUCCGGCCACCGUUAUCGUCCACGUUUUGUCCACACCCGGCAGACCAGGUCCCUGUCUGUGGAGUUUGAAGGUCAGAUAUACGAUAUUGACCUUCAAGCCGACGAUCAGUCUGCCGUCCGCCGCCGCGUCAUCUCGAAGCGUCACUACGACCCAGAAGACCCGGAGUUCCACCCGGGGUCGGACGGCGGCUCGGAGGAAAUGCUGGCGGAUGACACCAAUGCCGUGGGAUACCCAAACUCAGUGAAAGUGACCCACAAGUGUUAUAUCUUGAUGAAUGACAGCGUUCAUUGUGAAAGAGAAAUCUACCAGUCCUCCAGAGCCUGGAAAGAUCACAAGAGCUACGUGGACCAGGAGAUUGAAGCGCUUCAAGACAAAAUCAAAAACCUCCGGGAAGUGAGAGGUCACCUGAAGAGGACGCGGCCAGAUGAGUGUGACUGCGGAAGGAAGAGCUAUUUUAGCAGAGGAGACAGAAACAAAGCAGAAAGAUUGAAGAACAGGAAUAAGCAACUCCAUCCGUUUAAGGAGCCGGCACACGAGUCAGACGCGAAGGCCCAGUUGUACAACGAGAUCCGCCGACGAAAGAAGGAAAGGAAGGAGAAGAAGCGGCAGAGGAAAGGAGACGACUGCAGCCUGCCCGGCCUCACUUGCUUCGCGCACAACAACGACCACUGGGCGACCGCGCCCCUCUGGACGCUGGGUGGAUUCUGCGCGUGCACCAGCUCCAACAACAACACCUACUGGUGCCUGAGAACCAUCAACGAGACGCACAACACGCUGUUCUGCGAGUUCUCCACCGGCUUCCUGGAGUACUUUGACCUCAACAGUGACCCCUACCAGCUGACCAACACCGUGUACACGGUGGAUCGGGAUGUGCUGAACUCCCUCCAUGCCCAGCUGAUGGAGAUGAGGAGUUGUCAAGGUUACAAGCAGUGUAACCCUCGCCCGAAGGGCCUGGACGCAGCACACAGCCCAUAUGGGACGGACGACAGAGUUAAACUCCCCAACUUGACCGACGAGGAGGUGAACUGGCAGGGACUGGAGGAUCUGUACAGCAUUAACGAAAGCCUUUAUGAGUGUAGGCCCGACUACAGCCCCAGCCCCGACAACCGGGUCAACUUCCAGAAGGAUAUCGAUAAUAUGUUUGCACUGCGACGCGUUUUUAACCCUUUCGACCGAACCCACGACGACUCCACCCUGCCAGAGCUGGGCUCCGGGGCCGGGGGUGGAGGCCUUGAGGAGGGCAGCGGGGAAGAGUCGGCCUCGGCCGGCGACGUCUGGCCUGUCCCGGCCGCGGAGGCUCGCCACUCCGCCCCCGCCCCCAGCACAGCGCCGCCACCAUCACCACCACCACCGCCGCCCACCCCCACCCCCGAAAGGAAACCGGAGUCUGUGGUCAACGACAUCCCCGAGUGGCUUUCGAACAGGCCCGGGGUGUCCGCCGCGUCGCCCCCGGGUGCCAGGAGAGCUCCGGCCUCCCCGAGGGCGCGGCAGCUGGAGGAGCUGGAAGGGGGGAUGUUCAGCGGGAACGGCAUGACGGAGCUGGAGACUCGACACGACGACCUGCUGGGCGCCCGCGGCACCCCCGGGGAGGCGCUCGGCCUGCACCUCGGAGAAGGAGAAGAAGACGAGGACAUUUUCCAGGGCCAGGGCUACCUCCCUUUCUCCCCGCAGAUGUUGAGGCCCAAGGUGCAGGCCAGCGACCCCCGGAGCCCCCCCACCACACAGACUAGUGUCCGGUUGGUGGUUCAGGUGCUGCCCCUCACCUUGGACUACGAGGGCAGCGGUUCUCCGCCUCAAACCUCCAAUCAGACCCUCUAAAGGGGACGCGCGCACCGGCGAGCCCCCCCCCCACCCACCCACCCACCCAAAGAGCCGCUGGUCGCCAUAGAGACAGUUAUUGGGAAAUGAGCUUGCCAAGAGCAAAGGCAAGUGAUGCCACCUCAGUCAGAGUUGAACAAUGAGUAUUAAAGUUAGUUUAUUUUUUUACAGGUGCCUACAAUUUAGUAAACAGUGUUGUUUUUUUUCCCACUAUUUUCAAAUAUAUAUUUAGAAAAGAAAGCCUUAAUGCAGCUAAACUUAAGUGUUGGGAUUCAAAAUAAUUAAUUCCACAUGGAUAACACCAUUGAUGUUUAAUGUUUUUAUGAAAAACAAGUGUGAGUGGUGAAACCAUUUCAACAUCUGAAUGAAUAGUUCGCAUUAGUCAGCUUUACGUUGCUCCAGUCUUUAAAGAACCUAUAAAUCAUAAACCUGCCCAGUCAGUACAAUACUCACCCCAUAUUGAUAAAACGGUUAAAAUGCACUUUUCAACAUCUGUCAUAGAUAACUCAAAUUUGUCCAAUGGCGAUAUUUUUUGUUUGACCUUUCCAUUGAAAUAUCAGAACAUUUAGACAAUCAUGCGACAGUAAAGAUACCGACAGCUCGAGCUUCCUAACGCCCGAUUGGAUGCAGCUGCUCUGACUUCACAGAGCUACACGCUGGGCCCCGCUUUUUAUUUUCAGUUAAAUGACUACAAAUAAAUGCUUCCACAAUGGCCGAGGGUUAGACCAUGUACACUUGUUUAAUGGAAAUGCCACCAAGUCCUUAUGUGGAGCCUCUAAUAAUCCCAAGUGCAGCACAUGGCCGACUCACUUUGAGUGUAACUCUGCUUGUGUCAGUUGCAUCAAGUAUUCCAACGUUUAACCUUCAUGUCUGUCGUCCAUCGGAGAGCAACAGAUGUACCUUCUUCUGGGGAGAAUCUGCUUCUGCAAGAUGGCGCUGUCCUUUUCUCUCUUGACGUGCGUGUGUGUGUGUGUGUACAAAGUGUUUGAAUAACUGUGGCUUCAGGAAGGCCGACGCUGUUAA